AUGGGGUCACUGAUCUUGUUUAUUGAGGUGGGGGGCAGAGUGGGUCAGGAGUCUGAGUCUGAAGAGCUUUUUCUAGGCCUUGUUGUGACAAUGGGAGGAAACACAUCUGUUAAUAAUUCAAAUUUAAUACGCUUUAUGACAAUUCUGACCAUGGAAUCACUGGACAUACCACCAUCCAGUGCUUUUUUUAUAUUCAUUUUUAGCAUCAUUAUCUACUGUUUAAUUUUGUUCUUCCACUCUGUGUCACUUGUGACUAUUGUUGCAAAAAGAGAGCUGCAUAAACCGAUGUACAUACUGCUGUUUAAUUUGUCCAUUUGUGACCUUAUGGGAGCUACAGGUUUUUAUCCUCAGCUGGUUGGUAGUAUACUGUCUGAGACUAGAAAAAUCUCCUACCCUGCCUGUGCCUUGCAAGCCAUCGUUAUUCACCUCUAUUUGUGUGGAUCUCUUUUAUUUCUCACUGUGAUGUCUUACGACAGAUAUAUUGCUAUUUGCAAACCUUUAAGGUACCACAAUCUGAUGACACAAGGGACAUUGAUAAAAAUCAUUUUGAUGGUCUGGUCUGUUAAUUGUGCGAUUAUUGGAAUUUUAUUCAUGCUCACGCUAGGUAAAGAAAUCUGCAGGACACAUAUAGUGGACACGUACUGCAAUAAUCCUUCUUUAUUGAAGCUAAGCUGUGAGGAUACAAGACCAAUUAACUACUAUGGUUUGUUUACUAUAGCUCUUGUUCAAGGUUCUUCCAUACCUAUUGUAUCAUUAACAUAUAUCAAAAUCCUAAUUAUCUGUCUUUCUACAAAGCAGAAAAAUUCUAUAAGUAAGGCAAUGCAAACCUGUGGGACACAUUUAGUUGUUUUUCUGACUUUUGAGAUUAACACAUUCUUCCUACUGAUUUCUCACAGGUUAGAAGCAGUAUCUCCACACUUAAGAAGAGCUUUUGGUGUUUCAAUUAUCAUAUUUCCUCCAUUUCUUAACCCUCUAAUUUAUAGGUUGAAAACAAGGGAAAUUCGGCAAACGAUUUUUAAGGUCUUACAAAGAAAGGUUUCUUCUGUCUAA